UCAAUUUGCAGUGAAGCUAAGCACUGGAGAGGAUCUCAACCCGCCUCCGCUUCUCUCCAGUCUCCAUCCCCCUCUCUCUCCUCUGCUUCCGGCGGACGCGCCGCCGGCCAUCUCCCCGCCGCCUCGCCGCCUCGCAAGCGCCACCCCGCCCGCCGGCGAAGAGCUUUGUGUGCGCGGCGUUGGACCGGCCUUCCUUUACUUGCCGGACCGACCACGCGCGGCCGGCGAGCAGGUAGGUGGAAGGAGGGAGGGGCCCCGACGACGCGGCCGGCCUCGCUCCACCGGCCUCCGUCUCGGUUCGGCUCGAAUUGGAGGCAGUUAUGGAUCCCAUGGAUGAUCAUGACAGUGACGAGUUGCCGUCAGGGGUGGCGUCAGAUGAAGCUCACGUUGCCUUCAGAGCGAGAACUAAGAAAAGGUCCAAGGUGUGGGAUGAGUACAAGCCUAUCUAUGUAAACGGAGUGGUUCAAAGCGCGGAAUGCCGCUACUGCCAUAUUCUGAUGAGUUGCAAAGGUUCUGAUGGACAUUCCAAUGGAACGAGUCAUUUGUGGCGGCAUCAGAAAAUUUGCCGGGCGAAAGAGGACUUGGAUCUGGCUCAGUUACAUGAUACUGGUUUCCCAUAUGUGAUGAAUGAUAUUAAUCCGGUGGAUCAAAUUCAUCCAGAUUCACUUGAUGAUAUAAAAUUGGCAAGUCACAGUGACAACAGCAGGUUCAGAUCAAAGGUGUGGGAGGAGUUUACGCCUGUAUAUGUUGAGGGGAGAAUCCAGGGUGCUGAAUGUCUCCAUUGCCACAAGCGACUUAGUGCAGAUAAAGGUAGAAGCCAUUUGAACCGGCAUACUCAGACUUGUCCGGCACGAGGAGAAACUGGAAUAAAUCAUAAGAGUCCGUUUUCUCCCUCCAGUGCACCAAGUUUUAAAUCUGGGGUUCAGGAUGAGCUUUCACCUGCCUUGACAAACGGUAAAGUUCAGAUUGCAGAGUAUGCUAGCAAACUUCUCAAGGUUAAUAGCUCAGUUGACAAAACUCCCCAGAGCCAGCACAUUCUAGCUUUGCCAGCACGAGACAACAUGACCAAAGAACAAAAUACCUCAUCUACUCAUGCUGCUCCAGAUGUAAGCACCAGUAAAUUUGAUCAGGAAACAUCUUAUCAAGAGCUAAUUAGAAUGAUAGUUUUGCAUGGAUAUCCCUUGUCAAUCGUGGAACAUGAAGAAAUGAAAAGAUUUGCAAAAAGCCUCAACCCGUUGUUUAACAUGGCAUCAAGCAUUGAUGUGGAAGAGUAUUCAACUCUUUUAUAUCAGAAAGAAAAGGCUGACCUUAAGGAGAAAAUUGCUGCACUUUCAUCCCGACGGAUUUCCUUAUCAGCAAGCAUUUGGGCUCCUCAUGGAGCUGAGCCCACUGUGAAGUACAUCUGUUUGACAGCGCACUUUAUUGAUGCAGAAUGGAGGCUUCAAAGGAAAAUAAUCAAGUUUGGUGUGUUUUGGUCGUUGCCUACUGAUUUGGAAAGAAUGAUACUUUAUAAGGAGGCUUGUGUAUUAGACUCUGAAAGUGGGCCAUAUAAUGUCAUAGCAGAAGCUAUAAGUGAUUGGAAUCUUGAUAAUAAGCUUUUUAGCUUGAUAUCCGUCAGUGAAAUUAGAAACCAUGAAGGUACCACAAAGCUUAAGGACAUGCUCAUACAAAAAAAUAGUCUUCCUAUUAGAGGUGAGCUAUACAAUAUUGCCUGUGUGGAUGACGUGCUUAACAACAUUGUUUCAAAAGGGCAAUCAAUGCUUCACCUUGUUGAUAAUAUACUAGAAAGAUUUAUGCUGGCACAUGCGUACUCAUCGUUAACUCAACAGCAACUUUUUGAAGCUGUUACAAACAUGGGUUUGAAGUGUCCCCAGGAAGACGCAAAAUGGUGGCACAAAAUUUACUUCAGGCUUGAAGUUGUUCUGCAUUGCAAGAAGGCAUUUCCAUCUGAAGAGUUGUUACCUGCAGAAGACUAUAAGGUCGUUGAGUCUAUCUGCAAGAUUCUGAGGGCUUUUUAUCGUGCUAUUGAAGUAAUCUCUGGUCCUGUUUGCCCAACAGCAAAUGUGUACUUCAAUGAAUUAUGGAAAGUUAGAACAACUUUGCAAGAAGAAGCAUCUACUGAUCACACUGAAGUUGCUAGCAUGGUGAGGGAGAUGCAGGAAGCAUUCCAUGAAUAUUGGGAAAAUUCAUACCUAUGGCUGUCAAUACCUAUAGUUCUUGAUCCCAGAUUCAAAAUUACUUUUAUUGAGUUCCGUCUUAAACGAGCUUUCGGUGCUGAAGCAGCAAAGUAUGUAGCUGCUGUACGUGAAAUAAUCAGGGAGCUGUUUCAUGAAUAUUGCGGCCCUGUGGAUAAAGGUGUUCACACGUCAAACAAUGAAGCUCGUGAUGUUGAAAUGGAUGGAUUUGACAGUGAUUCAUUGGAGGAUUGGGAUCAGCAUCUUAGUGCACAAUCAAGGAGCCAACGGUUGUCAGAGCUUGACAAUUAUCUCGAGGAUGGCCUUGUUCCAAGGAAAGAUGAUUUUGAUAUUCUGAACUGGUGGAUGAUUCAUUCUACAAAGUAUCCAACUCUUUCAGUUAUGGCACAGGAUGUCUUGGCAAUGCCAUCAUCUGCUCUUCAUUGCAAGGCCGCCUUCAGCAGUGAGGGUCCAGUAAUUCAUAAGCAAUGGAGCACUUUGAACAUCAAGACAAUUGAGGCGCUUGUGUGUACCCAGGAUUGGAUUAGAUAGAAUGGCUGCAUGCUGUACAAGACAUCUUGCUGCUGAAGAUUUUCACAAAGUACAUACUCAUGGUACUUCUAACCUAGGAAUCUAGGACACUGUUGGAAAGAGUUUACUGCUCAUUCGGCUUACUGUAUUAGACAUCUAGCAGAUGAUAGUAUGUCUUAAUAUUUCUGCAAUUCUUCUCCAAAUGUGUAUAGAACUAGUCGUUCACCCGUUUGUCAUGGAAUGUACAAAAUGUACACCUCUGGGUGUUCUGAUGUAUCGUACAAUGUUAUUUAUUGUAUCGGCAUUUUUAGGAUUAUAACACAGAUGUGAAUGGUAGUGCCAUUGAGUUACUAUUGCGGUUUCUGAAUUUGCUAUGAUGGGUUUUACUGCAUUUACCUUGGGGCUGAUGUGUAAGUGUCGACGACAGAUAGAACCUUUUUGCCAUGCUAAAAUUUACAUAUAAUUGGGUGCAAUUCUACCUCAAAAAAGACACUAUAGUCAUGGUUCCUUUUUCCGAUUGUUAUUUUUUCUUUACCUGAUGCAAUUGGAAUGUCAGGUCCAAAGGUGGAAAAUGGUAAUAAUUGUAAUAGUGCUGGAUCUGGGUGCCCCUGUUUGCAAUCUGCUAUGUCUUCACUUGCCAGCAUGCAUGGUCGGUUUUGUUGUUAACGGAAACGGGAUGCUGUUUUCUCGUUGGCCAUCUCACUUAUGUUUAUGCCAGUGUUUUCCUCUCACAGGAGAACAAAACAGAAGAAUAUGGUAUAAAAGAACAUAUGGAUCUGACCAGACAAUGGACAAAGCAGAGUGACUCAAGGAAAAGGGAAAAAAAAAGAACCCAAACAAUUAGGGCAAAACAAGAUUAUAAGAGUGAGCACACUUGGGCAAACAGUGCUCCGUCUGUGUUUGGAAUCAAUCCAGCUAGUGGAAUUAUCUCGAAAUCAUCCGUCUUACUGCCAUCAAGAUCAAGUACUAGAAGCAACGUCAGUUAGACAGACAAUUCGAAAGAACACCACUUGUUAGAUUUGAUCCCAAACACCGAUGGAGUAGCGUCUGCCUAAGUGGGCCUUGGCUCCUCUGCACCCCAACAACCUAAGAAGAAUUCAUGGAGGCAAAAAAAAAAAAAAAAAAGCAAAAUUUACCCCCAUGGAUUGGUCAUUCGGAUGCAGGGGAGCCAAGUCCUACUUAAGCCUAGUCACGAACGAGGUGACUAGCUGCUCGCCGCCGGCGGUGAUGCCACGGCCGCCGCAGUAGCGCCGGAGGUGCGGGUGCCCCUCGGGCCUCGCCGGAGGAGGUGGAUGAGCAGAGCCACGCCGCCGUGGAACGCCGCGCACAAGGCCAUGAUUGCGCACGCCUGGCACGACGACGGAUCUUGCGGAAGCUCCGGCGCGGCGGCGAUUGCCGCGGAGACCACGCAGACGGCGCCGACGACUGAGGCGCGCAU